GUUUCUGCAUCAUUUUGCCAGCUCUGAACCUAUACCAAAUCAGCCCUCCAGACAUACUCUGAAUACACCUUGGAUCUCUUUCCCUUAUCAAGCACCAACAAGUAGGAGCCAUGGAUUCAGAGAAAGACGAAGUGCUGUUCGAGACAACGACUGAGGGCAUAACGAUAAUCUCAAUCAACAGGCCACACAAAAGAAACGCGGUCAAUCCAAGGACGGCACAGAAGCUCUACGAUGCCGUAUUGGCAUUCGAAAACGACCCGAAGCAAAAGAUUGGGAUUCUGACUGGAGUCGGCGGCACCUUUUGCGCAGGCGCCGAUCUGCAUGAGGUUGCGCAGAUGGCCAAUUCCUCCGACUAUAAUAGUCACAUGGUCCCCGUCGACGGGCGCAAUAUCGGACCUAUGGGUCCCUCACGAUUGCAAAUCAGAAAACCAUUCAUAUGUGCCGUCGCUGGAUACGCGGUGGCCGGCGGCUUGGAGCUGAGCCUCCUCGGCGACUUGCGCAUCAUGGAAGAGGAUGCCGUGUUUGGCGUCUUCUGUCGGCGCUGGGGUGUUCCAUUGAUCGACGGAGGCACAGUGCGCCUUCAAGCCAUUAUUGGCUUGGGUAGAGCUCUCGAUAUCAUCUUGACAGGUCGCCCUGUGUACGCUCAAGAAGCACUGGCUAUGGGUUUGGCAACCCGCGUCGUGCCGAAGGGGAGAGCACUUGAUGAGGCUAUCCGGCUCGCCAAUCAGCUGCUUGCUUUCCCAGAAAACUGCAUGAACUUGGAUAGAAAUUCUUGUUAUUAUAGUGCCUACAACGCGACUUCCUUUGAAGAUGCAAUGCGCCAAGAAUACAAUUCUGGUGUCAAGACAGUCGAAGCCGAGGGCAUCAAGGGUGCUGCAACGUUUAGCAAAGGUGCGGGGCGUCACGGUUCUUUUGAACGCGUAAACAAGCUUUGA